GGCGCGCUACCGGCAUUCUAGUCAGUGUGUUCAGAAUCGUCACGGACCGGACUUGUUGCUUCAAAGAUGGCGCGCGUAAAUAUUCCGUCUUUUACCUUAAACGAUGGAACCAAGAUUCCAGCGCUGGGAUAUGGCACCUGGCUGGGCAUGGACGAAAAGGAGGAUGCUGGUCCAAGCAAACCUUUUUCGUUUGAAUUCAGCGCUGAAGGCAUGCCAAAAAUGAUGGACGCUCUUUCCUACGCCAUUGACAUCGGAUAUAGGCACAUAGACACCGCCCACCUCUAUAGAGUGGAGCCGGAAGUCGGCAAGAUCAUAGACAAGAAAAUCAAAGAUGGCGUUGUGAAGAGGGAAGAUUUGUUUAUUACUACUAAGGUCUGGCACCACUUCCACCGCGAGGCUGAUGUUGAAGUAUCAGUGCGAGGCUCGCUACGUCGUCUCAACCUGGACUACGUCGACCUAGUACUUAUGCAUUGGCCUAUGUCUAUCUCUCAAGACGGAGUAGACGAAAAGAUCGACUACCUAGAAACCUGGCGUGGGUUCGAGUCCGUGCUGAGCAAAGGUCUCGCCAAGUCCAUUGGAGUGUCCAACUUCAAUGUGGAACAGAUGAAGAGACUCCUGGCUAACUGCAAGGUUCCACCUUCCACCAACCAGGUUGAGAUAAACCUGAACCUGGGUCAGAAGGAGUUAGUAGACUACUGUCAAGCCAACAAUGUGCUGAUUGUAGCCUACUCCCCCUUCGGCACUAUGGUACCAUCUCGCAGCGCCCCCAACUCACCCGAACCGAAGCUCAACAACCCCACUAUGGUCGCUAUCGGAAAGAAGUAUGGGAAAUCUGUUACUCAAGUCACUUUGAGAUAUUUAUACCAACGCGGGAUAGUCAGCAUCCCGAAAACGGUGACUCCAUCCCGCGUCGUAGAGAAUGCAUCCAUUUUCGACUUCGAAUUGGACAAGGGUGACAUGGAAACUCUAGCCAAAUUCGACAAUGGCUUCCGGACAGUCCGCCCAUUCUUCUGGCAAGACUACCAGAACUACCCAUUCGAGAAGAUUCCAGACAAGAUGGAAAUACCAGAAUCUCUCAGAAUCUGGAAGAAUGGAUUGAAUCUGGAUAUCGAUUAGGUCGUUGAAAUGUUGUAAUUUUAAAAUAUGUGUAAAAUUAACUAAAAUCGCGCGUUACUCACGUGAAUAUACUGAGAAAAGCUCUACUAGUUUCGAACCACAGAGGGGUUCUUCCUCAUGAGCAGCGUGUGGGGUCGCCUCGGUGUUGAUACUCGCGCUGCGAGCUCAACGCGCCCUCUGUCGGACACUGCAAGCGUUUGCUUCCAACUCCGGCGGCGCGUUGGACGAUGUUAAAGCGCAC